GGCGGCGCGCGCCUUCCGCAAAUCCACGGCUGAGAACAAGAAACAGUUUGCGACAAACAUAAAGUUAUAGACCGACUAAUGUUCGGCUUUUUUCUAUAAAACAAAACAAUAAAGCUACAAAGAACAUAAGCUCAUGUAGUCUCUCACCGGAGAGCUCACUAACUCCUGAUAGCUCAUCGGUUAGCCUAGCUAGCCUCGUUAGCCACUUUAGCUGGCUGUUGGAGAAAGUUCGAGCUAGCUCAACCGCAAGCUAGCUAACCGAAACUGACAUUUUUUUCUUUGACCGGAUAAAAACAAACCACCGCAGACAUGCAGGACAUGCUGGCUAACGUAGACCACCUGAAGUUUGACCUGGAGCUCGCUGUGCAGCAGCAGCUCGGAGCACAGCCGCUGCCGUUCCCCGGCAUGGACAAGUCCGGAUCUGCUGUGUGUGAGUUCUUCAUGAGAGCAGCUUGUCUGAAAGGUGGGAUGUGUCCGUUCCGUCACAUCAGUGGAGAGAAGACGGUGGUGUGUAAGCACUGGCUCAGAGGACUGUGUAAGAAGGGAGACCAGUGCGAGUUUCUCCAUGAAUACGACAUGACCAAGAUGCCUGAAUGCUACUUCUACUCUAAGUUUGGUGAGUGCAGCAACAAAGAAUGUCCUUUCCUGCACAUCGAUCCAGAGUCCAAGAUCAAAGACUGUCCCUGGUAUGACCGAGGCUUCUGCAAACACGGUCCUGACUGCAGACACAGACACACAAGAAGGGUGAUCUGUGUGAAUUACCUGGUUGGCUUCUGUCCAGAGGGAAAAUCCUGUAAAUUUAUGCACCCUCGUUUUGAAUUGCCGAUGGGAGCCUCUGAACAGCCUCCUCUACCACAGCAAAUCCAGAACCAGACGAAGCCUGUGCCAACCAUCGGCCGCUCGUCGCUCUCUCUAAUCCAGCUGACCAACUCCAGUCCAGGCCAGCGGCCACAGAAUCACACGCCGAUGUCUACUCCUCAGCAAAAUAACAUGACUGGAAACAGAGGGCCUCGACCGCUGGACCAGGUCACUUGCUACAAGUGCGGUGAAAAAGGGCCACUACGCCAACAAAUGCACUAAAGGACACCUUGCCUUCCUGAGUGGACAGUAAUCUUGAGGUCCCUGCGAUGCUGUAGCUCAGCGCCCCCGGUGUGAGGAGAGGACGUUCCUUUGCUCCACAGACCCGAGGACUGAUUUCCACUGUUGACUGUGUGAUUUCAGACACAUGCAGUAGAAACAAUAAAGAACUUCUAACUCUACUCUUUGUGGACACGUGAAAAUACGAAACAGAAAAGCAGUUCCAAUCUCAGUAGCUGCGCUUGACUGACUCGUGUGGAAGUCCUGAGUUUUCUACAAUGUUUGUAAUCUAAAGCACACUGAGAAUUAAAUUACAUGUCACACCAAGGGUGUUGCUGCUUUAUUACAUACGUUUCCUUUGGUCAUGUGACUGCAUCAUCUGUUCUGCUAAUAGUAAAUUUGACAGUGUAAAAAUAGGACUGUACUUGAACAGCUGCAGCAGUUAGAUUCAUGGAGAAAUGUCAUUGUUGUGUUGACCGUCUUUACAGUGUCAUUAAAUGUUGUUGUUCCAGA